GUAGAAAGUCCGCAAUCUGUGAAUCUCCGAGUAACGUACGGGGACCGUACACCCUCCGCACCAUGGCGGACGCGGAUGAGGAUGUCAUCCCUCCAACCUCCGUGUCUGGUCCCGACGACCUCGAAGACGAAACCCAAGAUUUCCGCUUCCUCAGCCAGUUGACGUCCUCGUCAAAGACCGGGCAAGCCAUAGUCCCCAAGCGCGGUACAAAGGACUUCGAACCGAAUCCCACGCGAUCGCAGGCCUCGGCCCUCGAUGCUUCUCGCCUGGCAAUGCACACCGCCCUCAGCGCGGUGCGCAUACAAACGGGCAAGAACCACGUCGUGGGACAGUAUCUCCCAAACGAAGACGACUGGAGAUGGGACGGCGACGGGUCAGAAGGGAGACAUGGCCGGUGCGUGGUGGUGUACAAAUUCAAGAGCCCGCACUUGAAGGUGAUGGGCCAAGCAGACAGGAAUAAUUGGGUUUGGCUGUUGCCUGAAGAGGCUCUGUUUCUGCUAGAAAGAGGAAAUCUCGAUAUCCGAUGGCCAGAUGUCAAGACUGAGGAUGGCGAUGGUACACCAAGUGGGAGUGAGGAUAGAGCCUACAGCAUUCCCGCCUCGGAAGAAGAUCCUGAUGCUCAAGAGCCGCGGACUCUUGAACCAGAGAAGGAGGUUGAUGUUGCAACGAAUCCAAGUGUGGAACCUUCCCUAGGCGAACUCCCAAUGAGUCUUCAAGGCGCCUACGCCAGCUUCAUCGGCAAAGAUGGCUUGACCUUGGAGCGAUAUACGGUUUACUCAGGGCUCAAGAGAGCGGGAUACAUUGUCCAACGGGCGCCAACUUGGAACGAUACAGAUCUCCCUCAAGCGAACGGGCACGGCCACCAUGGCCUCAGCCCCCUCAUUUCACCGCUUGCACCGUCAACACCAGCAUCCGGCAGAUCUCAAUCUCCAGGGACAGUCGCAUCUCUGGUCCACAAAUUGGUAUCGUGGCUCUUCCAACCUCAUCAAGGAUCGUACUGUUCUUCACUGGGGCCCCUGGUCGCUCCGGGCCUGUACAGGAACUACGCUGAUAUAUUCCGUGCGUUGGCGUUGAUCCCGUACCACGAGCCCUCUAGCGCCAACACAACUGAGCUCUCGGAUUCUGUGUCCUCUCCGAGACCCCGGGCGCCCCAAGCCCCUUACCGCAUCCACUUUCACGUCUGGAAACCCAACGUCUCCGCCACCUACAAGAAGACCUCUCCGCCUCCAGAGGACUAUCGAAUCUGCGUGGUCGAUGCACGGUCGACGCCGUCAAUUCCGUCGUUGUCAGAAAUCGGCCCUCUCCUCGACAGUCAGCCUGAGGAUUCUCUUUCCAAAGCGCAGGCGGGCAGGCUAGAGGCGAGGCUCAAACAUGGACGACGGAACGUGUUGCUUGCGGUGGUGGACAUGGGUGUUGUGAGCUAUCUGAGGCUAAGCGACGCGUGCUUUGGAGCCGACAAAUUAUACGAGGAGAAGACCAAGGCAGGCACCAAGGGUCGACCCAGGAGAACCCAAGGACAGGGCCAAAGCCGGGGGCAGGGACAAGGACGGAAGUAAGCGAAUUGCUCAUCGUGGAUUACGGGCUUGUUAUGGACUUGCGGUGGCUUUCUCAAAGACCUGGCUUCUCCGGAAAGGAAUUGCUCCGUGGCCAUGGGCGUAUGGAGAAGGAGUCGUGGGUGAAAACAGGGCUUUACUGAUCAAUGCCGCUGCAUGACUAGAUGCGCCAUGCUGUUGCUGGGGACACUGGAAAGAUUUUCGACGGAACAGGGAUGGACUCUUAGACAUUUUAGACAUGAUACCCCAGCGAAUGACGAUAUAUAGACGGCGUUUCCACGAUGACUAGAUGAAGCAACGCGAGACGAAUCCAGCAAAACCCGCACUCUAGCUCUUUCGCGAUUUGCUGAUUGCUGAUUGAUCCAACGAUAUAAAUACACUACAUGAAAC